AUGACGUCAAUGGAGAUGCACUCAUUCAAUCGCGACAUGCAACCACUAAUGGACGAAAACACAACACAAUUGACUGAGGAACGAGUGCAAACCGCGUUCGGAACAGUCAAAGUGUCGAUUUACGGUGAUCCAAAGAAUAAGAGCAAAGUUCCGAUCAUCACAUUCCAUGAUUUGGGUUUGGAUUCGGAGAGUAAUUUUCAAAACUUCUUCCAAUUUGUGUCGAUUGCUGAGUUUGCUGAUAAGUUUUGUAUUUAUAAUGUGAAUGCGCCGGGACAAGAAAUGGACGCAAAACCAUUGCCUGAUAAGUGAGUGAUUUUGGGGGGUUUAAAGGAACAUGGCCAUAUUUAUAAUCAAAAUAACGGAAUUUUCGCGGCAAGACCUAAAAUUCCCUAUAUUUUGAGUGUAAAUCAUCCCAUGUCCCUUUAAAAUGAAGAUUUUUUCGCGGCAAGACCUGAAAUUCCCUAUUUUUCAAGGGUAAAUACUCCCAUGUUCCUUUAAAAGGCAUUUUUUCGUGGUGAGACCCUUAUUUACACUCAAAAUAAUGUAAUUUUCGUGGCAAGACCUAAAAUUCCCUAUUUUUCAAGUGUAAAUACCCCCAUGUUCCUUUAAAAAUCGAUUUUUCGUGGCAAAACCUAAAAUUCCCUAUUUUUCAAGUGUAAAUACCCCCAUGUUCCUUUAAAAAUCGAUUUUUCGUGGUGAGACCUAAAAUUCCCUAUUUUUCAAGGGUAAAUACCCCCAGGUUCCUUUAAAAUCAAGAUUUUUCGCUAUGGGACCCACCCCAGCCAUAUUUAUAUUCAAAAUAAUGGCUUUUUCGUGGCCAGACCUAAAAUUCCCUAUUUUUUGAGUGUAAAUACCCUCGUGUACCUUUAAAAAUCGAUUUUUUCGCGGUGAGACCCACCACAGCCAUAUUUAAUUCAAAAUAAUGGAAUUUUCGUGGCGAGACCCAUUUUUCAAGUGAAAAUACCCCCAUGUCCCUUUAAAAAAGGAUUUUUUCGUGGUGAGACCUACCACAAGCAUAUUUAUACUCAAAAUGAUCAGAUUUUCGUCUUGAGACCUGAAAUUUGGUAUAUUUUGAGUGUAAAUACCCCCAUGUCCCUUUAAAAGGCAUAUUUAUACUCAAAAUGAUCAGGUUUUCGUGGCAAGACCCAUUUUUCAAGUCUAAAUACUCCCAUGUUCCUUUAAAAAUUGAUUUUUCCAGCUACGAAUAUCCAAGCAUGGACGGACUUGCAAAAUGUGUCGAAGCAGUCGCCGAACACUUCAAACUCAAUCAAUUCAUUUGCUUUGGUGUCGGUGUUGGUGCCAAUGUUUUGUUGAGAUAUGCGGUGAGAUUUUAAAGGCGGGGACUAGAAAACCGAGCUAGGCCAUCAUAAAUAUUCAAAAUUCCAGUUUUUUCCCACUAAAAUCACUUGAAAAUUCCGAAUUUUAGACCUAAAAUCCCCAAUUUUUUGCCAGGCUUCCAAUCAAAACCGUGUCAUCGCCUUGAUUCUCGUCAAUUGUUGUUCGGGCAAAGCGGGUUGGGUCGAAUGGGGCUACGAAAAGUGGAGUGUGCGAAACCUGCGCGGUGUCGGAAUGACCGGAUUCACCAUCGAUUAUUUGUUGUGGCAUCAUUUUGGAAGAAGAAUUGAUCAAUGCAGUUCGGAUAUUGUUCGACAGUAUCGUGUGUUCUUUCAACAUUUACCAAAUCCACAUAAUUUGGCCGCGUUUAUUGAGAAAUAUAUUGAGUGAGUUGGGGAUUUUUUGGAAGUUUUUUGGGUUUUCUAGGCCGUGGAAGAGGUUUUGAGGGACUAGAAAUCCGAAAAUAUGAUUUUCCAGGCUCAAAAUGGUCUAGAAAUUCAAUUUUUGUUUUUCUAGGCUGCAGACUAGUUUUCAGGGACUAGAACUCGAGUUUUUGGUUUUCUAGGCCGUGGAAGAGGUUUUGGGGGACUAGAAAUCCGAAAAUAUGGUUUUCUAGGCUCAAAAUGGUCUAGAAAUCCAAUUUUUAGUUUUCUAGGUCGCGGACCAGUUUUCGCAAAAUUAUUGAUUGAAAAAUUGGCAUUUCAAAAAUUAUUUAGUAAAAUUGAAAAACGCAAAGUGUGUUUUUAAAUAGAAACAUUAAAAAAAUGGAUUUUUCUUCACAAAUUUCAUUCAAAAAACCUUAGAACAUAAAAUUCAUAAGUGUACCCGGAAUAGACUCUGGGGGCCCCAAAAAUCCGGACUGGGCUGAAUUUUUGAGCUCCAGCGCUUUUUUUUAAGGCUCGGGGUCUGAAAAUCAAGUCUGCAGCUGAAUUUGGAGCUUCACAGCCAUUUGUCAUCUUCGCAGCUCAACAUUUGAUUCUAGGGAUAAUUUUUGUGCUCCGGAGCACAAAAUUUACUCCCAGAAUCAAUUUUUGAGCUCGGAAGCUUGAAAUUCACUCUCACGACAGAAUUAAUUUUUGGUCUCCGGAGCUUGAAAAUUUGUCUCGAAGCUAAUUUUUAAGCUGACAAUGAGAAGCUUGGAAUUUGUUCACAGGACUGGAUUUUCAGUCUCCGGAGCUCAAAAUCUAGCUAGUUUUGGCCUCUGGAGCUUGAAAUUCACUCUCAGAAUCCAUUUUUCAUCUCCAGAGCUCAAAAUUUCAGAUUUUCUCCCCCAAAACUCCCUGAUUUUCCAGACGCCAACCCCUUCCAAUUUCCCGUGAUGGUUCCACUGGUGUCCAACUCAAAGUUCCAGUUUUGCAAAUUGUCGGAGCCGGCUCCGCCCAUGUCGAAGAUACGGUAGAAGUCAAUACAAAACUCGACCCGGCUCAUGCCGAUUGGGUAAAAAUAUCCGAUUCGUGUGGACUGGUUUUGGAUGAUCGACCGGAAGCUGUGACUGAAAGUAUGAUGUUGUUCCUUCAAGGAUUGGGUUACUGUAAGUGGUUUUGGGCGGGAAAUUUGUGAAAAUGUGAAAAAUAUUGGAAAAAAAUGGUUGGAAAAGGUCAAAAUUUCGAUAUUUUUCAUUAAAAUUUUGAAUUUUUGUUCGGAAAAUUAUAAAAUUUCUGGUUUCUUAUGAUUUUCCGGUCGAAAUUUCGAUAUUUUUCAUGAAAAUUUUGAAUUUUUCAUCGGAAAAUUUGAAAAAAAUUGGCUGGAAAAUGAUUUUUCAAUCAAUUUUUGCUGAAAAAUUUUGUUUCAGGUCAAAAUUUCGAUAUUUUUCAUAAAAAUUUUGGAAUUUUUCAUCGGAAAAUUCAAAAAUUUCUGGUUUCUUAUGAUUUUCAGGUCGAAAUUUCGAUAUUUUUCAUCUGAAAAUUUUAAAAAAUUCAGAAAUCCCUGAAAUUCAUAGAAAUUGAGGAUUUCUAGAGAAUUUUCAGAAAAAGUUGCUGAAAUCGAUUUUUCAAAAUUUGAAUAAUGAAAAACUGCUCAAAAUCUUGAUUCGAGAUUUUUAAAUUCAAAUUCAAUUUUCUAGGCUGCGGACUAAUUUUCAGGGACUAGAAAACCAAAAAAUCCAAUUUUCUAGGCCACAGACGACUUCUCCUGGCCUAGAAAACCAACAAAUCAAUUUUCUAGGCCACAGACGACUUCUCCUGGCCUAGAAAACCAACAAAUCAAUUUUCUAGGCCACAGACGACUUAUCCUGGCCUAGAAAACCAACAAAUCAAUUUUCUAGGCCACAGACGACUUCUCCUGGCCUAGAAAACCAAAAAUCCAAUUUUCUAGGCUGUGGACUAGUUUUCCUGGCCUAGAAAACCAAAAAAUCCAAUUUUCUAGGCCACAGACGACUUCUCCUGGCCUAGAAACCCAACAAUCCAAUUUGUCUAGGCCACAGACGACUUCUCCUGGCCUAGAAAACCAAAAAUUUGAUUUUCUAGGCUGCGGACUAGUUUUCAGAGACUAGAAAACCAAAAAUUCGAUUUUCUAGGCCACAGACGACUUCUCCUGGCCUAGAAAACCAAAAAUUUGAUUUUCUAGGCUGCGGACUAGUUUUCAGGGACUAGAAAACCAAAAAUCCAAUUUUCUAGGCUGCGGACUAGUUUUCAGGGACUAGAAAACCAAAAAUCCAAUUUUCUAGGCCGUGGACUAGUUUUCAGGGACUAAAAAACCAAAAUAAUCUCAAAAUUUGGUUUUCUAGGUCACGGACUAGUUUUGAUGGCCUAGAAAACCAAGAAAACCUCAAAAAUCCCUAUUUUUCCAGUUCCCACAAUGAACGUGAUGAAAUUGAUGAAACAAAUGGCCGAAACACAAAACGGACAACAAUAUCACGCGGCCGUCUCAAAUGACAAUGAAUUCUAG